GAAAUUGGUCGUCUUUCAGAAUGUAAAUGCUACUCGACAACCAGCUCGAGAACGCAGGGCACCAAAUAGCUCUUGGCGGUGGUGGCCACGAGAUUAGUACCGUCCUUAACCGCCGAAACGCCCACUUCGACAAGAAUCCGUGGUCCGGAGGAUGCAGUUUGAGGGCGCGGGCAUCACACUCGAGCGCAAUGUGAUCGCGAUGCUCUCCGAGUGUGGCGACAUCCCGCCCAUGUACGAGGACCCGGACUUUGCUGCGCGCGCCGUGAGUCUGUUCAAAGACGCGGACGCGCCGCCCGAGUAUGCGACGUCGACCAAGAAAGGCGACGACGGCGCGAUCGUGCACUGGUACCGCCCCAGCCAAGUGUGCGUCGAGCCCGACUACUUUAAGAGCACGGCGGGCUGCGGUACGCUGCGGGAAGGCAGUGGGCUCAACGAUGCGUGGCUCCUCGGCGUCUUUGCCGCGCUGGCGCUUCACCAAGACAACUUGAUCGAGAACCUCUUUGUGUCCCAAAUGCACGACUUCAAGACGUUCGGCAUCUACACGUGCCAGUUCUACAAGGACUGCCAGUGGCUCGAGGUCGUCGCCGACACGCGGCUACCCUACUCUCAGCCGAUCGCCGACGUCAACGACCCGCGCUUGGCGCCGCCAAAUGUGCAACCCGGUCAUUGGCUCUACGGCAGCAGCCUCAAUAAGAACGAAGUUUUUAUCCCGCUCCUGGAGAAGGCGUACGCCAAGUUUCACGGCAACUACGAGGUGCUCCACGACGGCAGCAUCGUCGAGGCGUUCAUCGACUGCACGGGUGGCAGCGUCAAGAAGAUCGAUCUGAGCUCGGACGCGACGCGGAAAACCCUGGUUGAAACCGGCGUCCUUUGGUCCAAGCUGCUCAAGCACCACAGUACGUACAAGAGCGUCUUGAGCUGCCAGCUCAAGAUGGCGUCCAUGUCCUACAACGACGUGACGACCGCUGGUAUUCUCAAGAACCGCUUGUAUGUGAUCAUGCACCUCAAGGAGCUCGGGUCGCUUCGCUUUAUCAAGCUCAAGAACGUCUGGCAGCGCGGGUCCUGGAAGGGCGACUGGUCCAACGACGACUGCAAAUGGGAAGACAACCUCCAAGUCGAGGCGGCGCUCCGCGCGGACGCAGCCUGCGACUUUAACCGGACCAAGAACGACGGCACGUUCUGGAUGGUGUGGGAGGACUUUGUCGAAACGUUCAACGAGGUGUUCAUCACGCGCAUCUUUCCGUCGAGCACGUGUCAGUACUGCGUGCGCGGCGAGUGGAUUGGCCCGGCGGCGGCCGGCCCGCCCACCAAGCCAGCGACCGAGACCCAUCCGAGCGUCGACGAUGAGCACGCCAAGGGCCCGAGUACGCGGGCGUGGACCGUCCAAGGCGAGACGGACCCUUCGUGGUUUCGCAACCCGCAGUACCGACUGGUCGUCGACGACAAGUGCACGGUCUUGCUCUCGCUUUUGCAGCGCGACUUUCGCGUCUUCGGCGGCGACAACUUUGCCAUCAACUUUGUUGUGCUCGAAGUCUCGAAAAAAGCGCUCCACGCAUCGAUCGUGUGGGAGUACGACAAGGCGCGCGUGGUCGCCGAGGCGCACAGCUACCCGCCCCACGACGCCUCCAAGGCAACGCUACCGAGCGCAUCGACGUCGCACCCGGAACGUGAAAUCUCAAAGGGCAAUGUCGUGCUCGAGCCAGGUCGCGCGUAUGUCGUUGUGCCGUACACGGACCACGCCGGCGUCGACAUGGAGUUCUUCCUCCGCAUCUUUAGCUCGAAAGCCGUCCAGAUCGACGCCCUCCGACCACUGCACGCCCUCGCAGUCCAUGGCAAGUGGCGCGCGACGGACGACGGCGGCAACGGCAACACGAGCAGCGCCGGUGGUCCGCUCUGUCUCAGCCAGGGAAUAAGCGGCCCCGAGAACUUAAGCUGGUGCCAAAACCCGCAGUUUCUCUUGCGCAUGGCCCCCAAAGCCGCCGACGCCAAGCGCCCGGUCACGAUCAAGAUCGUCGCCAAGCAAACCUCGUACAAGGUGUCGACCAAAGGCCGCCGCGACGCACAGAAGGACAAGGCGCACGCACUCGGCCUCUCGGUCGUCCGGCCCGACGUCCUCGUUGACGACACGGCGACGACCAAGAAGCGCGUCAAAGCCGAAAAAGUUGAUUUCCUCGGUGAGACCAAGGGCCCAAGCCGCGCUCCAAAAGCGCCGCCGAUCCCAGAGCGGAAGCUGCUCGUGAAGGCGGACGAGUGGUGCACGCUCUCGGACCAUGCGAGUCCGUUGAUUGCAACGCUGUUUCUUCGCAAAGUCAACCCAGAUUGGCUCGUCCACGGUCUUUGGGUCGUGCCGUCCCUCGGCGAGCCGCUCGUUGAAGGCACAUUCGAGAUUGAAGUGCACAGCGACGACGUCGUGACACUCGAUGAGGUGCCGAGCAUCAUGGCCAAGACCAUUGCGGGUGAGUGGAAUGAACACAAAAAUACCGUCGGUGGCGCGCACUUGAACCCGGACUGGAAGAAAAAUCCCAAGUUUUACUUGACGCUGCAGUGCGUGCGCCCGGCCAAUGUUGUGAUUCACUUGCACCGGUCCGAGCACGAGUGGCGCUCGAAAUGCAAGAAGGACUCGGUCGGCACCAUGAUGGGCUUUUACCUUUUCCAAGGCGCGAAGAUCCAACGCGACGCCUCGAGCGUCACUGUUGACGGGCGCAUGUGGACUGAAACGGACUUUGUGCCGAUGCACAGCGUCGCGUCACCGCCACUGAGUCUCCCCGCGCUCUUCAACGAGUCGUACGUUAUCAUGCCGACGACGUGGGAGCCCAACCGAAGUGGUCGGUUCCUCCUCUCCGUCUCGGCCGACUGCGACUUUACGCUCCUCAGCGAAGACGACGCCUAGCGUUACUGCAUCAGGAUACCUACAAAAGGCAGUUUACAUCUUACUUUUGGCUGCA